CGUAAAAACAUCUUUAAAAUUAAUCAAUACAUAUAACGGAUUACCAAAAUGAUGAGUGAUGGACUCGGUUAACAACACAGUGAAAACAGUAUAUAUUCAUGUGGAAAUAUGAACUGGUUGAUUGUGAUAUUAAAACUGGAAAAUCCUGUUGAAUUGGAUGCAAGCGUCCCUUUUAUAAAAAAAUACCAUUUGUAGCAAGGUUAACAACCAACAUGAAUCGCAAUUCAAAAUAUGAUAGAAAGGAUGACGAUCAAAAUGUACGAGGAUUGAGGAAAAUAACUUACUGGGAAAAAUACGGCGUCAAACGUUUUCCUUAUCCAGGAAGGCGCAGAUACACACCAUCACUUUACCAGUCUGAAGACGUAGGAAUCGCUAUCUCAAAUGACGUUUUCGGGCUUACAAUCAGUCAGUUUGAACGAAUGUAUAGAGCUUGUUUAGACAGAAGGAAAUCACGAGAACAAUAUAUAAUGAAUCUAAGAUAUCCGGACAAAACCUCAGAUGAAUAUAUGGAAUACCUACAGGACAGGAGAGAUUAUAAUAAAGAGAACAUGUCUUGGACGGAAAGUAAUUUGAAGGACAAAUACUUAUAUGAGCACUUAGUGAAUAUAGCUGGUACUGAAGUAGACAUACGUACAAGACAACAAUUAUUUAUCACACAAGAUAUGAUACAAAACGCAAACGUAGGUUCAAAGAUAACAAAUAUAUCAAGUGGAAGCUUAGCAGAAGGAAUAGAUUUACCAGGUAGUGAUAUAGAUACGAUGUUAGUCAUCAAAGACGUAGACGUAAUAGUGGAUGUAAGGAAUUUCAAACAUUCAAUACAACGGACAACAUUUGUUGCUGAGAAUGAUAAUGAUCAUCCCGGAUUUACUAGACUCCGAUUAAUAGCAGGAGGAGAUGGGGAAUCUUUCUUUAUACAAAACGAGUGCAUUCAAAGAUCUGUAAUGACAAUUAUACUACUCUGUAUAACAUUUCAAGCUGUUUAA